AUGAGUGAAAUUGUUGGGCAUUAUAUCAUGUCCAUGAUGUUGCCUCUUGGAGUUUUUCAAUCAUUGGACUGUUUUCCAAUUAGCAUUUCAAGACAAGUUGGAAAUUACAUUAUGGGAAUAAUGUUGGGUCUGAUUGCCUUGUUGAGUUUGAAUAGAGGAUUCCUAUUGGUCAACUUUGGAAUUAAAGAUGAAAUUAUUGUAAUGGUUGGCAUGUCCAUUAGUAUUCUCCUAGCCCUUUAUGGAUGGUUCGUAUCCAACAGAUCUACUGCCAUUUACAAGAGUAAGAAUUUAAUCUAUUGCAUUGUUGCCAUGUCUAUUGCAGAUAUGAUUCUAACCAAACACUUGUUAGAUUCAGUGAAUUUCACUCCUUUUACUAAUAUUGAUUUAUUUCAUAUUGCAUUCUCCGUAGCUAUUUUCUUUCUUUCUAACGUUUCUUCUGGAGUUUCCUUCUAA